AUGUCGCAAUUCUUCAACUACGGUGCGCAACACCACCCGCAGCACCUCAACGCACACACGCACAACAACCACCACGGCCGAUCGCGGAGGGCGCCCCGUAUCUCGGCCCAGCAGACGCAGAAGCAAUUCCGCCAAGUCCGCACCCCCAAGGAGUUCAACGUCGAGCCACCCACCAUGCUCGCCUUCAAGCGCGACUUCGAGGCCGCCAGGUCGUUUGAUCUCGAGGAUGACGAGCUAUUCUGCCCAUUUCACCUUCUCACCGAGGAUGAUCUCCAGUCCAUCCACUCGUCUGGCUCCGACCGCUCGUCGCUAUCAAGCGGCUCUCCUGACCAGUCGCCUCUCCAGCACCAAUUGCAACCAACGCCGUCCUUUGUCCUCUCGUCUGCCCCAAAUCCAUACACACCCGCUGCCUUCCAGCACAACAACUCCUCGCAGACUAAACUCCACCAGCCACUAGCCCAGCGAACCCGCAAUGCCAUCCCAAUCGUUGACCCGUCGACACGAGCUGUUGCCAGCCCACCACCCUCUGUCUCGCCUAACCGACAGAUGCAGCAACAGUUCAUGUCGCGACGCUGGUAG